AUGACGACCCCGCAACCAACAGCUCUCCAAGGGCUGCAUAAGCAUGCAUGCUCGCUUUGCGCAAAGAGAAAGAUCAAAUGCGACAAAGCUGAACCAUGUUCAAAUUGCACAAAAGCGCAGGCACAAUGUCUCUACGAAGGCCCAGCUCCACCACGACCGCGAAAGAGGGCGGCUGAUGAGGAGCUUCUUGCGCGAUUGGCUGCUUACGAAAAUCUUAUGCGGAAGCACAAUGUCGACUUUGCCUCGCAUUCUCAUGGCUGGAUUACAUCUGGGCCUCAAGGACAAAUUAAGCAGGACAAAUCUGGGACAAUGUCCUCCGCGACUUCUCCCCUUGAACACCAGGGCUCUGCAACUCAGACGUUGAAAGACAUCCCAUUGGCGACAGAACGUUGUCUUUGGUCAAAUCUUCCAACAGAGCUCAUUUACCCGCCCGUCCAGUGUCUGACGCGCAAAGAAGACCCUCUUCACAUCCCAACGCCAUCACUUUUUGAGUUGACGACGACCGUUCAGCCCGAGUUUUCUCAGCUCCAUCCAGACCCAAGGCAUAUUUACCGAUUUUGGCAAAUUUUCGUCGAAGCCGUCAACCCACUGAUGAAGAUCAUCCAUGUGCCAACUCUGCAGCAGCAGGUUCUAGACGCAAGUUGGAAUCCGGCUGGCGCAUCGAAACCACUCACAGCCAUGCUGUUUGCCAUUUACACUCUGGCUGUCACCUCGACAUCCAUUGAUGGCUGCCAGGCUACCUUUGGCGAGGCUAGGAGCACGCUGAUACUACGCUAUCGGACCGCCGCUCUCCGUGCUCUCAUAGCGGCCGACUUCCUCACAACGAGAGACUUUGAGGUCUUGCAAGCCUUUGUUCUCUUUCUCUUCUCUGACCCAGACUCGGAGCUGACAUCCACUCUGACGGGCGCCGCUAUCAGGAUCAGCCAGAAGAUGGGUCUAAACCGGCCAAAGCCAGAUCCAAAAGUAUCGGUAUUCGAGUCCGAGAUGCGUAUACGUCUAUGGUGGCAGUUGAAUGGACUAGACUCUAGAGUAAGGAUCGUGAAAGUUGCGGGCAUGCGACUUCCGCCAUCCGAAAGCGAGUUUGGCGAUGUUCGCCUCCCGCUCAACGUCAAUGACGCGGACUUGCAUCCAGAAAUGACGGAACUACCGCCAGAGCACCCUGGUGCAACAGAAAUGCUUUGCGUAUUGAUGAAGUAUGAGACCUUUAACAUCAUCAGGUCUUCUACGACAGCUGUCAAGGUCUUUGAUGUGAUCAUUCACGGGCCUGGAAAGGAUAAGCCGCCAUCAAAGCUGGAAGAUGACGCGAUCAACCAUAUUGAGGCCAUUUACCACGAAAAGUUCAUUCGUCAUCUGGAUAGGAGUAUUCCGCUCCACGCUCUGGUAUACACAAUGACCAGGCUCACGCUUGCGCGCUUCCGGUGCAAGGUGCACAGCCCACGAGGCAGAGCCAACAGCAACGGAGAGGUGUUCAUGACGCGCGAGGAGGGUGACUUGGUCUUUCACUGUAGUGUGACUUGGUUAGAAAUGAUGGAAAUUGCCAUGAGCAGCCAGUUCUCCUCGCACUUCAUUGCUCAUAUGACGACAAAGUUCACCGUGGAUGUCUACAUCUACGUCAUUAGCGAUCUCCGCAAGAGGGUUUCUGGUGAGCGUGUCACCUUGGCUUGGAAGCUUGUGGAAAACCUCUAUGGGGAUCAUCCGGAACUGAUUGAGAAUACGCAAAGCUCCUUCUUUGUCGCGCUGGGGGAUUUGACAAUGGAAGCUUGGGAGGCUAGGAGGAGGGAGCUGGUCAACGUCCAGGGGAGUCAUGAAGCCGAUGAUCCGCCUCGGUAUAUCCAGUUGCUUCGAGAACAGAGGCAACAGAAAGCUGCGCCAGUUCCACAGGUGCCAACAGCGGAUUUCCAGACUCUGGACCCGCUGGGGCUUACCGAUUCGGCAAACUUGGAUUGGGAUUAUUGGAAUGAUUUCUUGCGACUGUAG